AUGGAGGAUGCUGUCCGCGCCGUCCCUGAUGCAUCGGUCCAGGAGACAAGCUUCCAAGAUGACGCCCUGACGAACAAUGACGACGCUGGACGACAUGGACAAGGCCACCACCAACAACAACAGACCACAACUACAACCAGCUCACACUCAUCGUAUGGAUCAGUGUCCAGGCCGGAAGCAUCUGAGCAUCCUACCAGCAACCAGAGUCCCAUCCAACAUGCCCCCUCCAAGCUUACCGCACCUGCCGGGUCAACUGCCCGAGCCCUCGCACCAGAUCUCUUCCGAGGCCUGAUGAUGGUUCUUAUGGCCCUGGACCACAACACUCUCGCCCUGAGCCCAUGGGAGCACGAAACCGCCAUCCACGGCGAGGUUGACAGCGGGGAGCCGGUACAUCAGUGGAACCGGCCAAUCGCCUAUGUCACCCGCUCGCUCACCCACCUCUGCGCAGCAGGCUUCACCUUCCUGCUCGGGAUGGGCGUCGUCUACUUCGGGAGGUCCCGCAGGGCCCUGGGCUGGUCCACCGGCCGGAUGUUCUGGCACUUCUUUGCGCGAGCCCUGGUGCUCACCCUGAUCUGCAUCCCAAUGGGGCUGGUGCUCACCUUGGGCAAGGUCUGGUUCAUGAAUGUCGUGCUGUUCGCCCUGGCGGUGGACUACCUCCUGGCUGGUCUGCUGUGGCUGAUCAUCUCGAGGACCGAGGAGAGCUUGGCAUUUGGUCUAUUGAAGAUCCUGCCGGAUGCGAAGAAGGACGACGCCAGCGAGCCCCUGCUGGCCGACCGCAGAGGUGAGGAAGAUAUCGCGCCUGACAGGAAGAUUAUCCGUGCUUCUGACAUUUCCUGGCAUCUUCACAACACCCUGCUGUUGGCCCUCGCUGUGGUCACGAUCUGGUGGAAUCUGUGGUUGUCUCCCACAGGGGCUCACUGCAAGGCACAGGGGUCUACUCGCGACCUUGCGGUUACCAUGGAUCUCUCACAAAGUAAUUGGUUAGACAUAUGGUUUCACCCUUUCAUCACAGGUGGCUUUGUUUCCGGCUAUCCACCGCUGGCAUGGGUGUCGUUUGCAAUCCUGGGUCUUCUCUACGGCCGCAUUGUGCUCGCUAGACCAUGGACCAAGACGGUCCUCACCGUCGGCAACAUCGUGGCAGCAUUGGCGUUCUUGGUGGUCUUCGUCUUGACACGUGUGCUGCAGUUCGGGAAUCUCUCUAAGGGCUGUCUUCAUAUGCCAGAGCAUGAGGCAAGCCCCAACGCAAACCCUUACCUCGCCUCAUGGCCGUCAUUCUUCUACCUCGUCAAGUAUCCCCCUGACGUCGCAUUCUGGUCUUACGGCGUGGGCUUCAGCCUCUUAUUGCUUGCUAUAUUCGGCACCAUCCCAAGAGUUGUGGCUUCGACGGUCUUGGACCCUCUCGUUACAUACGGGACCUCAGCUUUGUUCUUCUAUAUCACGCACCUGGUACUGCUCUUCGCCACAAGGCUCAUCUGGCUGCCCAGGUUCGGGCAUGAAAGGAAGUGGGAGGACCCCCAAACUGGCAACAAGGUUGUGGGCAUCGACAGCCUUUGGAUCUACUGGCUGAACUUGGUGCUAGUGCUUGCAGUGCUAUAUCCCUUGUGCAGAUGGUACGGAGCGUUCAAGAAGACCAAGGGGCCGGAUUCUCUCUGGAGGUUCUUCUAA